GGAAAUGUCUGAAAAGGUGGCAACCCAGAGAGAAAUUAUUGGAAACAAUAACAUAAAAGUGCCUUGCCUAGAAGUCGUUUGUUUUUUGUUUUGUUUAGUUUGUCGCCAUGUCUACGCUCAGUCGUCCAAAAUCCCCGCACACGCCCACAGCAAUCAAAAAGGGCGAAAAGGAAGACAGCUUCUGGGACAAAUUUAGUACAUUGGGACGCAAACGCGGCACCCGCGAAGUGAAGAAAAUCCAAGAGGAGGGCAAAUACGCGAUCGACUCGCCGGGAUCGCCCAACCAAUAUGACAUACCACCCGAGGACUAUGCUCUGCGCGAGCACGAGCAGCGCGCUGUCAUAGAUCCCCAGUCGAUCAACGAUCCAGAGGUGGUGAAACUGCAGAGAAUUCUGGUGGACUGGAUCAACGAUGAGCUCGCCGAGCAGCGCAUAAUAGUCCAGCAGCUGGAAGAGGACAUGUACGAUGGCCAGGUGCUGCACAAACUCUGGGAAAAGCUGACGGGCAAGAAGCUGGACGUACCCGAAGUCACACAGUCAGAGCAGGGCCAGCACGAGAAGCUCAACAUAGUCCUGAAGGCCGUUAACCAUACACUCGGCUUUCAUCAGAAAAUACCCAAGUGGUCAGUGGCCAGCGUGCACUCGAAAAACAUUGUGGCCAUUCUACAUUUGUUGGUCGCCCUAGUGCGUCACUUCCGAGCGCCAGUACGCCUGCCGGAGAACGUGUUUGUUACCGUGGUGAUUGCUGAGAAGAAUGCGGGCGUGCUGAAUGCUCAGAAAUUCCAGGAGCAAAUCACAUCCGAGUACGAUGAUCUGGGCAUGCGGUGUGAGAAGGAUGCCUUCGACACCCUGAUCGACUGUGCCCCGGACAAGCUGGCCGUGGUGAAGAAGUCCCUGAUUACGUUCGUCAACAAGCACCUGGCGAAGCUUAACUUUGAGAUAACCGACUUGAACACGGACUUUCGUGAUGGCGUCUAUCUCUGCCUGCUGAUGGGCCUGCUUGGUGGAUUUUUUGUGCCGCUGCACGAGUUUCAUUUGACGCCCCAGGAUCCAGACCAAAUGGUCAACAAUGUAGCUUUCGCCUUUGACCUGAUGCAGGACGUGGGCCUGCCCAAGCCGAAGGCCCGGCCAGAGGACAUUGUCAACAUGGACUUAAAGUCCACAUUGCGCGUCCUCUACAGUCUGUUCACCAUGUUCAGGGACUACGCCUAAGCCUAAGUCAUUUACCCCACACCACCACUUUUACUCUACAUUUACAUACAUUUUAUUAUAAUUUUUUUUAAAUGUUUACACGAGUAAUUAUUUAUGUGUAUUGCCUAACCAUUGUCAGCUGCUCAGCUGCUUCUCCCCUCCCCGGCCAGUUGUUGUUAACUUGUCUUUACAAUGCCGUAGUUGUUACUAAAUGAAUUUUUACAUUGUAUCGUAUUAAUAAUAAUAAACUGAAAGUGUGCCUUUUGAUUAAUAACA